AUGGACAAGAUCACCGAUCGCAUCGCCGCUUUGCCGGCUGAUGGCACCUAUUUCUCUCUCGAGUUCUUCCCCCCCAAGACUGCCAUGGGAUUUUCCAACCUACGAGACCGACUUCACCGAAUGGAGCGUGCACUUCGACCACUUUUCGUAAACGUCACUUGGGGCGCCGGUGGUAGUACCUCUCAGAAAUCGCUUGAGCUGGCCGAGUUGUGCCAAAGAGAAGUUGGGCUUACAACAUGUCUACACUUGACAUGCACCAACAUGAGUAAGAAGUCGAUUGACGAAGCUCUCUCAGACGCAAAGGCAUUGGGCAUCAGGAAUAUCUUGGCUUUGCGAGGUGACCCCCCACGACGUGAGGAGUACCGGGACCCUGAAGAUUCGGAGGACGACGGAGGUCAAGAUUUCAACUGGGCUAUCGAUUUGGUCAGGUAUAUCCGCAAGACUCAUGGCGACUAUUUCUGUAUUGGUGUUGCAGCAUACCCCGAGGGCCACGCCGAGGAGAGCCAUCCUCUGGGACAAAGCUUGGAGCAUGAUCUUCCUUACCUUGUCCAAAAGGUUCAAGCCGGCGCCGACUUCAUCCAGACUCAACUCUUCUUCGAUAUUGAAGCAUACGAACACUUCGAGAACACUCUAAGAGAGCACCCAAGUGGUGCCUUCAAGGGUAUCCCCAUCAUUCCUGGACUUAUGCCUAUCCAGAGCUACCAGAUGAUUAAGCGAACCACCAAACUGAGCCAUGCCAAAAUCCCUGACCAUCUCCUCGCACGCCUUGAUGCUGUCAAGGGUGACGAUGAACGGGUAAAGAUGGUCGGUGUAGAUAUUGUCAAUGAGUUGAUAGACAAGAUCAAGGACAUCAAGUCAAAGACACCGGGCCCCAAGGGCUUCCACUUUUAUACACUCAACCUGGAGAAGGCAGUGUCCUUCAUCCUGGAGCGAGCGAAUCUCAUACCUGACCCCCCUGAGAAUGAGGAAGCCGUCGUCGCAGUCGACGAACUCGCUAUUCCCGCGCUACAGAUCAACGGCAACAUGCGCUCAAGCAGCCACUCCCGCUCUCGACAGUCUAGAAGGCACUCUUCUGUCGCCUCGGACCCUCACAAUUAUGUUAUUGUUGGUGAUAGGCCAGCAGUUUACCCCGAGUGGGAAGCCACUGGUCUAGAAGCCGGUGUACGUGCCGAAGCCAUCAACAGCCGCGCCAACACAUUGGCCAUAUCGGAGGGCGAGGGUGCUUUGGGCCGUGAGGCGACGUGGGACGACUUCCCCAACGGUCGUUUUGGUGACGCCCGCUCACCUGCUUAUGGUGAGAUUGAUGGAUACGGCGUGAGCCUCCACAUGUCCGUGACGCAAGCUGUCAAACUCUGGGGUAACCCCAAGACGCGGCGGGACAUUAACGACCUGUUUGUCAAGCACAUUCAGGGAGAGCUUUCCGCUAUCCCGUGGAGCGAGGAGGAGCUUCUGGCCGAGAGUUCUACCAUCAAGCCUCACUUACUUGAACUCAACGGGAAAGGCUGGUGGACCGUCGCCUCGCAGCCCGCCGUCAAUGGCUUGCGCUCCAGCGACGCCACCUUCGGAUGGGGCCCGCCCAACGGCUUCGUCUUCCAGAAGUCGUUUGUUGAAUUCUUCAUCCCGUCGAACGAAUGGGAAACUCUCAGGGCUAAGCUCGUAUCCUCAGAGCUGCAAGACUAUGUGUGCUUCUACGCCAGCAACGCUCGCGGCGACUACGUCUCGUCGGACAUCGGCGGUCACGUGAACGGGUCGACGGAGGGCAAUCCGAGUACAAACGCUGUAACAUGGGGCGUAUUCCCAGGCAAGGAGAUUAUUACGCCAACAAUUAUCGAAGAGGUUAGUUUCCGAGCUUGGUGCGAGGAGGCCUUUGGAAUCUGGGGUGAGUGGGCCAAGGUUUACGGCCGUGGUUCCGAGAGCGAAAAGCUCUUGAAUGGUAUCAAGGACGAUUAUUGGCUCGUCAAUCUCAUUCAUCACGACUAUGUGAACAAGGAUGCUCUAUGGGAAGUUCUUUCAAGUUAA